AUGCAGGUGGAGGUCGACGCACUACUGGAGGGCAGCCCCUCAGGUCCCGGGCUGGCGGCGCCCGCCCUGGAGGCCCUCCUGCAGCGUGCGCAGGCCGACUGCGCCGCAGUUGUGCCGCUUGCGCUGGCCGCCAAGAAGGCACGCCGCCCGCGCUGGCCGCUUCCCGCGCUGGCUGCUGUCAGCCUUGUACUCUGCGAUGACUCCUACAUCCGCGGCCUCAACGCGGCUCACCGGGGCAAGGACGCGGCCACCGAUGUGCUCUCUUUCGAGGUUCCUGACGAGCCAGGGGAGGUGCCGCCGCCUGUGAAGCUGCUGGGGGACCUGGUGGUGUCGCUUGACACGGCGGCGCGGCAGGCGGCGGAGCGCGGCCACUCCCUGGAUGACGAGCUGCGUAUACUGCUGGUGCACGGCUGCCUGCACCUGGCGGGCCUCGACCACGAGCAGGGCGGCGAGCAGCUGCGCGACAUGGCGGACGCAGAGGCCGGAAUACUGGCCGCCCUGGGGUGGGAAGGGCAGGGCCUCAUCGAGGCGGCUGGCAGCCUGGCCGCCGAGGAGGACGAGGAGGAACAGGAGGGAGAUGGCAGCGCCGACAGCAGCAGCACCACAGGCGGCAGCAGUGAUGAUGGCAAGGACGACCGCGGUGACAGCGACGACAGCCUCAGGGCGGCCAGCGGAUCGCAGGCUUCCGCAUCAUCGGCCUACAACACAGACAGCAUUAUAACGCGCACUGGCGGCUCAGUGCAGCUGGUAGCCAUCGACAUGGACGGCACGCUGCUGGACUCGCGCUCCAGGAUCCUGCCAUCCUCAGCAGCAGCCGUCCGCGCAGCACUGGACCGCGGCGUGCGCAUCGUCCUGGCUACGGGCAAGGCGCGCCCCGCGGCGUUGGCGGCGUGCAGGGAAGCGGGCCUUGCAGGCGACGGCCUGCUGGUGUCGACGCGCGGCCCGGGGGUGUUCCUUCAGGGCCUCGCAGUGCACGGCCGCGACGGGACACAGCUCAGCGAUGCCGCAUUGCCGGGGGCCGUCGUGGCGCAUGCCUUUGACUGGGCGUCUGCCUCCAAUGUCUCGUGCGUCGCGUUUCUGGGCGACGAGUGUGCGACGCUGCGGCUGACUCCCGAGCUGGAGGAGCUGCAUGCGCGCUACUACGAGCCGCUGGCGCGUGUCAUGCCCAGCCUGGAAGUUCUGCUGGGUGGGGCUCCUGUGCGCAAGCUCCUGUUCAUGGCCGACGAGGCACGCGUGGCCCGGGAGAUUGCGCCCCACUGGGCGGCACUGCUGGGGGACAGCGGCGGCGGCGGUUUGGGCGGCGCCGAGGUGAUGCAGGCGGUGCCGACGAUGCUGGAGGUGGUGCCGGAGGGUGUGAACAAGUGGGCAGGGCUGCGAGUGCUCCUGGGCCACCUCGGGCUGGCAGCGCAGGACCUCAUGGCCAUUGGCGACGGUGGCAACGACGCAGAGAUGGUGCGCCAUGCGGGCGUGGGUGUGGCGAUGGCAAACGCAGUGCCCGAGACAGUGGCGGCCGCAUCGGUUGUGGUGGGGAGCAACGACGAGGGUGGCGUGGCAGAGGCGCUGGAGCGAUUUGUGCUCUGA